AUGACCUUGCUUACGAAUAAGGUGGUAUCUCAGCAUGGCGGUGAGCAGGCUAUGAAGGUCAAGCCGAAUACCUUGUUGCCACCGUUGGAGGAUCUCAUUGCAAACUACGGAGAUGCUGCUAGUACAACAUGGAUAGAGGACAAAUUUUCUGUAUGGCGACAUCUGCCAACGGGCGCAGCAAUUGGAUUUGCAAUGCCAUAUUCUUCAAAGCCCAUUACAGAUUUCGAGCUAGUCAUGGGUCCAGGAUAUGGAGCAGGCGUGUCGAUUUCUGACCUUGCUUCCCUCAGCAACGAGCGCUCAUCCAAGUGGAACGGCUUCCUUAUUGCCUGGGGCAAUCCAUUAUGUACACCAGAGCAAGUCCCGCAAGUCGUCAACGCAUUUCUCAAAUGGUGCAACGACAAAUGUUAUAGUCCAAUAUGGUGUUGCGUGUCUCCUCGCGUGGAGCAAAUCCUUGCAGACGUACAUGGAUGGCGCGCUAUAAGUUGUAUCCAGGAAGACGCACUCGACCCGCGCAUAUCGAAACCGGAGGAGAACAAGGAAGUUCGGAAACAUAUACGUCGUGCACAGCGUGAGGGGUGUAAAAUAAUUCAAGAUCCAGAUGUGCCGUGUCCUGAGGUGCGGGAGGAGAUCAACGAGCUAAUACGGGAGUGGAAAGCUGGGAGGAAGGGUAUCCAGGUACAUUUGACGAAUGUUGAGCCGUGGCGAGACGUCAAGCAUCGGAAGUACUUUUAUGCACAGGAUAAGCAUGGCAAGAUUGUUGGCUUCCUCUUCCUCGCAAAGGUCGGAGAAGGCUGGGUUAUCAAAGACAGCAUCGGUUCGAAUGAUGCACCCAAGAAUAUAACUGAAUGGCUCAUUGCAUUCGCAAUCCACUCACUCGCAGACGCCGGGGAAUCACGACUUACCUUCGGAGGCACUCCCACUGCAUCUCUAUAUGUCCCUGAGAAUGCAAACUUGGGUCCCUGGUCUAUUUACUUCCUUAGCAAGGCGUAUGGUGGAAUCGAGCGUGCUCUUCUCGGGAACAAGAGAGUAUUCCAUAUGAAAUUUGGAAUUAUUGGUGAACCAAUCUUCAUGUGCUUCCCACCAUACGGACUUGGUAUACGAGGGUUCUUCGCACUCAUGAGCGUUUUGACAAGUUGA